UGAGAAGGGCCUGUGGAAUCAGGGAUGGAGCCCCACUCUCAUCACCUGCUUCUCCCACCCAAGAGGCCCUGCUGCAUUCUCACCCAUGCUGGACAUAGCCUUGCAUUUGGAGACACGGGGGGAGCUCCUGGUGGGCCGUUCGCCUGCCUGAUCCCAGCACAGUCCCAUGGCCGAGGACCGCUCGGUGACCAAAUGUUACCAUCUGCCUUGGGGCCUUUGCUUGCAUCUGCCGGGGUGCAGAGGGGCCGGGGCUCAGCUGCCGUGCGAUGCAGCAUGGGGUGGGGGGCGGCCCCCCCCCGGCACAGCAGGCAGCACGUGUCAGCUGGGUUGGGGUGAGAAGCGUGCAGCAGCACUCGGUCCCGUGCCCAUCAACCCUUUGUGCCCCCUGGCCCCCGUGCCACAGCCAAUUAGUCCUGGGUUCGAGUUCCUUUGUGCUGCAGGAUGAACAAGGCACAGCCGCUGUCCCCUUGCUGCCCCCGUCCCCACAGGGAGCAGGGGGCUCAGCUGUAUCAGCCCCUGUGCCUGGUGCCUCCUAGCAACACAGGGCACACUAUGCAGAACCCCAACACGCCCCAAAGCCUGAACAACCAGCCUGUAGCCCAUCUGGGGACAGCGGGGGCACCACUGCUCUAGGUGCAUGGGGUGGCUGCAGGGCACAGAGGUGCGGGGCACAGGCAGGGCAAUAAGGGACAGGCAGGGCAUUGCACGAGGCAGCGCGGUGCAGCCCGCUCUCCCAGCGACACCCAGUGGGUGCUGGGGGAAGAGCCGCCGAGGGGGGAGCUGGGUGCUGGGAUGAGCCUUUGCCGGGCUGUGCUGCCAUAGGGCCAAGCUUGCUGUGCCCUCUGCAGCCCCUGCCAGCUCCUGAGGGGUGCAAGCAUCACAUCUGCCAGCUUGAGGCACGUUUGGGCACCUGGUCAUGUCCCACAGCCACCGUGCACCCUGUGCUGGCUGAGCAAGGCUGGAGGAGCGUUUGUGCACGAUGCACACCUGCAGGCCACAUUCUGUGUUCCCAGGGCAGGCAGUUCAACCCGCAGCCCUGCAGCCAUCCAUCCCAGACAGCACCGCACGGUGACAUUUGCACCCACAAGGUGCAUCCUGGUAUAGGUGGGACACAGUUCUUUUGAGGACAAGGGCAAAGUCCGUGUCACAGCCAGGAAUAACUGCCGGCACCCGGCCAAGGCAGGCUGUGCAGGUUCAGCGACUGCAGGGAGCACCUGGCAUUACAGCCAGGCAGCAGCACGCUGGGGCUGACCCUGGUGGUAUGUGGGGACGGGAGGGGCUGGGCUGUCCUUUGGGGGCAGGGAUAGAGCGGGUGGGGGCACUUUGAGCACUAGGGCUGAGUUUGGAAGUCUCAGCCAGCACCUGGAGCUGUGGGGGGGGAAAGGGGGGAGUGAAUGGGACCAAGAGGCUGUGCUGCUGCCAAAAGUGGGGAGCUGGGUGUGCUGGGAGGGGGGGCUGGUUGGGAGGAGGGAGGGGUGUUCCUGAGCCCCUCCAGCUGUUCCUGGUGGAAUGGGAUCACAAUGAGAUGGCUGCAAUCACAGCUGCUCCCUCUGCCCCCCAAAGCACAGGGAUCUGGGAGUUCCCUUGAGAAAAAGACGCUCGCCCACCCGCCUAAAACCCUCAGCACGCUACUUUUUAUUCAUCAUUACGACUUUGUCUCAUCCCACCCCCUCCAACAGCCGACCUGCCGCUCACGUACCCACCCCCCCUCCCUCCCCCAAUCCCCAGGACCCGCUGGGUCCUCCAGCCCAGGACUCUUGGACCAACAACACAGCGUCAGACCCACCGCCGAGCAGGACAGCGGGACGGCGCUAGGUCACGUGACUCCGCUCGGUUCCCCACGCCCCGGGGAGGAGGAGAGGCUCAGUCCGCCGGGAGCAGCACCCGGCGCUCCGCACGCUGCCACCCAUCUGCAUCCGGAGGCGGUCACGUGGCCGGCUGACGUCACCGCCCGGCAGCCCGGACUCGCUGCGCCGCGUGCCGCUGGCUGCCCGUCCCCCAAAGCGCAGUGGGGCCGCGGGGCCUUUCUGCCCCACCGCCGCCGGAGCCUGCUGCAGUCAGCGGGGGGCCGGCGGGAGGAGAAGAGCUGCUGGGCGCUGCCUGCGGAUGCGGAGGGAAGGGCGAGGCCUCGGGUCCCAGGAGAGCGGCUGCGUAGGAUUCACAGCUCCCCAGCACAGUGGCAGCCGGCCCUGAGCCAUGGCGCUGCUCACCCACCUUCUUGCCUGUGCCUUUGGCAUGGGCUCCUGGAUGGCCAUCAAUGGGCUGUGGGUCGAGCUGCCGCUGCUGGUGACGGUGCUGCCAGAGCAGUGGGACCUGCCUUCCUACAUCACCAUCAUCAUCCAGAUGGCCAACGUGGGGCCGCUCUUUGUCACCCUCAUGCAUCGCUUCUGGCCCGGCUCGUUGAAGGAGGUGGUUGUUAUCUAUGUGAUUGUGUCUGUGGGCAUCGUGGCCUGCUUGCUGCUGGCCUUCCUUUGGAACUACACGUCCCCCAUUGCGGGGACCUCCCGUAGCACUGCAUUCCUGAUCCUCACCUUCUUCUUGGCUCUGGUUGACUGCACUUCCUCCGUCACCUUCCUGCCCUUCAUGAUGCAGCUGCAGGCCCAAUACCUCACCACCUACUUCAUAGGUGAAGGACUCAGCGGGCUGAUCCCUGCUCUCAUCGCCCUGGGCCAGGGCUCUGGUGUCUCCAGCUGUGCCAAUGUCAGCCAGGUGGUCAACAUCACCUCUGGCAACGAGACCACGGAGGGCACUAUCUUCCAGAUGGAGACCCGCUACCUCCCAGCCCGCUUCUCUACCCUCAUUUUCUUCCUCCUCAUGACUGCGAUGAUGGUAGUCUGUUUGGUGGCUUUCUUCUUCCUGACCAGGCAGCCCAAGGUAUGGGAGCUCUCACAGCAGCAGUUGUGUCCCAGCACCAUCAUACUGAACUCCUUUGACCAGAUCCUUGGGGAUGAUGCUGGCACGGGACGAGGCGAAGGCUACUCAUGCCCAAAGAGCACCAAGCGGCCCAUGGAGACCCACCCAGAGAAGGUCUCCUAUUCUGUGGCCAAGCUUGCUUUCAUCUACCUCCUUAUCACUUGGGUGAGCUCUCUGACAAACGGGGUCCUGCCAUCUGUGCAGUCCUACUCUUGCCUGCCAUAUGGCAACACCGCAUAUCACCUCUCGGCCACGCUCAGCUCCAUGGCCAACCCUCUCGCCUGCAUCGUGGCCAUGUUCCUGCCCAGCAGGUCCCUGGCCCUGCUGGGCAUCCUCAGCCUGGCGGGCACAGGCUUCGGUGCCUACAACAUGGCCAUAGCAGUGAUGAGCCCGUGCCCCCUCCUACAGCAUUCCCAGUGGGGCAGCGCCGUCAUUAUCCUCUCCUGGGUGCUCUUCACCGGAACGCUCUCCUACGUGAAGGUGAUGGCUGGGGUCAUCCUGCGGAGUCGCAGCCACAGUGCACUGGUGUGGUACGGGGCGUUGGAGCAGCUGGGAUCCCUGCUGGGUGCCCUGCUCAUGUUCCCCCUCGUCAACAUUUAUGGUUUCUUCCAAUCCGCUGACUACUGCAGCCUGAAGUGCCCAGUAUGAGCACAGCGUUCUUCUUGCAUUCAAACAAAUAGAAGGAGUUUGCUCAGCCCUUUGGCCUGUGCCCAGACCUGCUGCUUUCCACCUCGCCCUGCUGCACCGGGGGCUCAGCACCCUUGGGAGCAGUGUUUGUGUUUUCAUUCCUGUUCUCCUCAUUCUCGUGCCCAUGCUGUAGCGGAGAGCAACUGCUGCCCUGGAACAAGGGGGGCUGCAGCCAUCUUCAGAGUGUGGAGACAAAGGUCCCUCCUGGAAAACCAAUAGCAGGAGACACAGACCCAAUGGGAUGGAAACCUUCCCAGGGAGCCCUUCUGGGGCUCUGGCAAUGCUUUCUGCUCUCUCCCCACCACCCUGUGCCCCACAGCAGCCCCCGCUCGGUCUGGCUGUACCCAGGGGGGGCACAGAGCUGCAGCACAGCCCCGUGCCCACAGCCGUGCCAUGAACAGCAGCACGAGGCUGUCACACGGGGUGGCAGAACUGUGCCACCUGGUACCCGACUGCACCUCGGCUGUGCCAGCAGGGGGUCCGGGGGGGUCCGGGGAGCAGCGUCAGCCCCCAGGCCGAGCAGCACUCGGUCGUCGCACGCGCCUGCGCCUCUUCCCCGGGGCACGAGGCAGCCGGGCCUUUGUCCCCGGUUCUUUGUCUGGCAAUCUGCUCCCCUCGGGAGCAGCAGCGACAGACCCGCUCUGCUGUGCCUUAACGAAGCGGAGCAGAGCAGCCCCCGGCCCCGGCUGCGUCCCGGCCGCCUGCGGGAAGGACGCGGCUGGAAUUGCUAAUCGCCCACCGCCCCGCACGGGUCCCACGGCCUGAGCUGUGCACCGCGCAUCCCCCGUUUGCAGGGGGAGCGUGGGGAGAGGGGCAGAGCUGGGGGCUGAGGAGCAGCGGUGGAUGCGGGGACCCCGUGGGGAGGUUAUCCCAUCCCAAGAGCAGGGCGCAUCCCGCAUUCCUUGCAAUGAGACCGCGAGCCAAAGGGACGCAGCCCUUCACCCCCCCCCCCGCGCCCCACAUGAGGAUGCUCCUGCCCAUCCCAGACACGCAGGUCCCCAAAGACCCUCGCCCUGCACGGCCCCGCCAACCCCUCCCUCCCCAGCACGGCACAGGGGAACAAUCGCCUCCGAGCCCUGCGAGCGAGCAGGAAUUAUUUCCAUACAGCUGCUCGGGAAGGCAGGGAUGGGGAUGCAGCCAUCACCCAGCCUCGCUCCGGGAGAACGCCCGGGCCUUUCUUCUGGCUCUCCCCCUCCCUGCCGUGGUGGGGGCAGGUUUGGGGGGGGCCCAGCCGCGCUGCAGUCAGCAAUAUUAGCAGAGCUCCGCAGGACUGAUUGCAGGUUAUUAACAUACAUUAUCUCAGUCCCCUGCCUCUGAAAGGAGCCAGUUCCUAUUCCCCCUCUCCCAGCCCUCCCUCCCCCUGUCUUUUACACUUAAUUACCUCCCUUAUUACACCACAGCCUGGAGAGAGAAAAAAUCACAGGGCAGCGGGCAGGCAGGCAAGCUCGGCCCAACUAGGGCGUAAGUAAUCGCCCGUUCUGCAAACGUGCCUUCAAGAAAAGUGAUCGCACACACACAGAUAAAUAAAUAAAGGAGCACAGGGCUGGGAGCCGGCGGCCGAAGGAUGGAGGAGGUGCUGGGGCCGACCCCAAGGCUGCACCUCGGGGAGAGGUGACCUUGGACUUGGACUGAUGUCAGGGUUGCACCGCAGGGCCAGAUGGGGUUGGUGCUGUGGCCCCAGUGAGUGAUGCUGGGGGGAGUGAGCCCCAGUGCUAUGGGGGGAGCGGGGUGGGAGCCCCAGCCUGGGAACAGGAGUGGGGCGGGCUGUGGGGUGCCCCUAGGAUGAGAGGUGCACUGGGCUAUGGGAUGCCAUGGGCUAUGGGUACCCAGGGCUAUGGCACGAGAUGGGCUAUGGGAUGCUAUAAGACAUGGGGUACCUGGGGUUAUGGGGUGUCCUAGGCUAUAGGAUGCUGUGGGUACCCCAGCCUAUAGGGUGCCCUGGGUUAUGGGAUGCUAUAGAACAUAGGGUACUUGAGGCUGUGGUGUAACAUGGGCUAUGGGAUGCUAUAGAACUUGGGAUAACUCAGGUUAGGGGAUAUCCUAGGAUAUGGGGUGCUGUGGAACAUUCCCUUGGUUAUGGGAUGCCACACAAAAGCAGUGAGUGUAUGCUUGCUGGCACCACACAGAUGCAGAGCAGAGAUGCCCCCAGCUCCCAGCACAGAUGAAGGAGAACAUGGCCACCAGCAUGCCACGGGCAGUAGUAGGAUCGGGGUGCCCCAUGGGGUGCUGCUCUUGUCCCCUGCGUGUGACACUGUAUGGCCAGCCAAAGGGCAUCAUCAGAACCCCACACUGACCACCACUGGUGGGCUGCUGGGGGCUGAGUGCUGCAAUGCUCUCAGUGCAUCACAGGGCUUGGGGACAGCAUGGCCUUUCCCUAGCUGCUCACAGAGGAGGGGGAUGCUCAGAGCAUAACAGGGGGAGCACUGAUUUCAAAAGGACUGUAGAGCAAGGCGAGGCAGGCUGAGGUUCCAAGCUGGUGGCAGGGCAGGGAUUCACAGGGAGCAGGUCCUUUGUGCUGGGUCCCCCAGCUCGCUGUGCCCCACAAGCCCUUUGUCACCCCCAGCUGGCACAGGGGCUUGCUCCAGAGCUCCCACUGUGGCUCCCAGCUCAUUUUACAGGGCACUGGCCAUGCAGUGAGAGCAGUGAUGGGCAGCAGAAGUGCUCCAGCCAGGUCCUCGCUGUCACCUGCCAGCUUGGGACCAUGGCCUGCCUGCAAGAAGGGCCUCAUCCUGUUCCGGCGGGGUCUGGGGGGACCAGUCUGAGCAGCUGAACUGCGUGCUUGGUGCAGGGAAGGGAGGAGGGGGAGAGGGGGCUCCAGGAGGGAACAAUGCUCCGCCACGAGCCCGGCUAUUGUUGUGGGCUGCGAAGGUCACGGCACUUCCCCAGGGACAGGGAUAGGGAUAGGGACAUGGGAGAAGGACAGAAGGUGGGGAAAGGGACAAGAGAAGAGGCAUGGUGACAGGGGAAAGGGACAGCAGGAAGGGAUAGGGGUGGAACAGUCGGACAGUGAAGGGCUGGGAAAGGGGAGCAGGAAUGGGGACGGAGAACAAGGGAAGGAACAAGGGAAAAAUAAAGGGGUCAUCAGAAAGGGACGGAAGACAGGGAUAAAGACAACGGAGAGGGACACGGAAUGGGGUUAGGAACAAGGAACAGGGAUGGAGAUAGGGGAUGGAACCGGGACAGAGAAUGGGAACAGUGACAGCGCCUGGACCCCCGCCCCGUCAUUCACAGCCCCGGGGGCUGGCGGCAGGGAGACAAAGGCAGCAGGAGGCAGC